GUAAUGAUAGUCAAAGAUAUCCGGAUUUGGCUUUCCUCCGCGAAGAGCCAGACCUCAGCCGACGUGGUCGCGGAGGGGAACAGCCAGAGCGAUGAGGACGCUGCCGGCGCUUGCUCCUGCUCCGACGUCGUUCCCCCCGCAUGUAAGAAGUGCAAGCCGGCCUGUCAGCCUCAGCCCCUUGCGGAAGACGAGCUGGCGAAGCAGUUGCUCGAAGACAAGGAGUUCGCCUACGAACUCGCAGUGGGCACCGAAGUGAAGCGGUUUAGCAACGGUGAGCGCCGCAGACGCCGAAGCUCAACUUCUUCGGAGCACUCGGAAGACACGCGGAAGGUGGCCAGGACAGAGACCGAAGUCGAGCGGAAGGACCUUCCGCACCUUCCCCAAGAGGACUCCAAGCCCGACAAGAAGGAGAAGGACAAGGACCUUCCGGACUUAGCUCCCGAGGUCUCCAAGCCGAGAGAGGCCGACAAGGAGGGCGAAGCCACGGACGACACGGACGACAGCACUGGACCGCAGCCGGUGGCAGCUGCUACAGCUGGUCAGGAAGGUCUACUGCACUACAUAAACUUUGCAUCAUCCGAAACCGCCGAAACCGCCGCAGUAGAGGCCCGACGCAAGCCCGUCCAUGUCAUGCAGGAGAGCCCUGUCAGCCCUCUCUACGACCCGGACAACGAGCUGCCGGAAGUGAACACGGAGGACAAGGCUCCAGUGGACUUUCCGUGGCGCGUGCCUGCGCCGCUGCCGCCGCCGCCUAGCAGCGUGGCAGACCAGACCCCCGCUUUGAGCAAGCGAGCGCGUCGACGCCUAGAAACUGGCUUCACCAGGCCGCGGUCCUGUCCUGCCAAGCACAUGGCGGGCCGCAAGCAGCAAGACUACACAGCCUUGCCUUUCUUUUUGACACGAACAGAGUGGGACAAGCUGCUCCAGAGUCAGGACAAGUGGACACGCCUCGGCGCCGUUCUGCAAGUCGCGUCGCUGCUAGGUCUCAGGAACCCGAGUGAGCCUAGCAUGGCUGUGUUCUUCGGCCUUGUGCACCCCAACUUCCGCGAAGAGGAUGCGCUCUCCCUGAACCAAAGCUUCUGCGUCUUCAAGGACGAGGUGCGCCAAGAGCUCCUCACUCUCAACGCCGACUUGUCUCCUCCAGCCACGCUGGCGCAAGAUCGUCUGCGAGCGCCCAAGCACCUGCCAGAAGAGCUUUUAACCUUGGUCUACAGCCAGGGCGAGAUGCCUCUGUCUGAGCUCCCCAUCGACAGGAAGCAGUUCUACCGAAAGGUUUCCUCUUUGCCGCUUCGCAAGUCUCACGGUCGCGUGCAAGCACAAGCAGCUUGGGCUACCUUGCACGGCCGGGGUUUGCAGCAGGCCUGCGGAAGCGGCACCCUUGGCGCUCUUGUUCCUGUUCCCGCUAGCCCUUUGCCAGCACUUGAGUCGGGCUCAAGGGGCCUUGCUGCUCCAGCCCUGGAAGCUUCCAGCUCAGGCUCUGCCCUGGUUUUAGCCUCUCCAGCUCCAGCAGCCCAGCCUGCCCUGCCUGCAGCCCCUCCAAGCCUUCAAGCUGGCUUGCCUGCAGCUCUGGAGCUUCCUGGCCCAGUCCUAGUUCCAGUCCCGCCCUUGCCAGCCCUGCAAGCUUCCAGCUCAGCCACUGCCCUGGUACCUGCCUCCACCCCGCUUUCUGUGUCAGCGGUCGCAGAGCAGUUGCCCGUGCCACACACCUGGACUUGCGAGUCAAGCGAGGCACAGACAAGUCAGACCAGCCCGAGAGCUGCAGCUCUUGUUCCUGCUGACACAUCAGACGCGAGCAAGGUGGAGGAGGUCACGGCUUUUGCUGACCCGAGCAAGGUGGAGGCUGCUGUCGCUCGGUUUCAAAGGGCUCUUGCAGACCGAGAAGAAGCCAAGGGCAAGGAGCAAGAGACAGCGCAGGCCGCGCACAAGGACUCGCCUGCUCUACGCCGCUGUCGCUCUAAGACGCCUUGCCCCGACCAGCCAGCCGCGAAGAAGACCCGCGCCUCGCCCAAGGACCCUGCAGACCAGGCGCUCCCCAAGACCCAGAAGGCGACAGAGGCUGCAGCGACCACGAAGAAGGCCAAGUCCCAGAAGUCUUCCGAAGCUUCGAGCGCGAAGCAGAAGCAGCCAAAGCCGAGCCAAGCUGGGGAGGCCAAGCAGACAAAGACCCGCAAGCCAAGCCACGGCUCCUCGAGCGUAGCGGACGGGCCCCGGCAGCUUAGCACCAGCACGAAGUGUGUCGCCAGCCGCGCUUACCACAAAGCCAGGAAGGAAGCAAUCACAGCUGGCAAGACGCCCGAGGCUGCUACUGAGCUCGCUCGCUCCGCGCAUCGCCGAGUGUAUGCUGCGGCUGCUGCGGGCGCCUGA